CGAAACAUUGUUUCUUAGUAAUAAAUAUUUGUCAAAUAAUCAUCAAAUAAUAGAAAGAAGGAUGUGUACGUUUAACAAUUUAUAAUAAAUAUAAAGUGAUUGCUGUUUCUCGUCCAAAAUCCAAUACAGAUGCAUUGGGUUUAUCAUCAUAAUAUAAAUUAUAAUCAAUCCUGAAAUCUAGAAAUGCAUACUAUAGUAUCGUAUAUUGAGGAUAUAUAAACUUUCAAGGGUUAUAAUAAACUUGUAAUAACGUGAACGAGAUUCUAUUGUCAAAAAUUCUAUAUGCCAGUAACAAAACAUUUGCUCCAAGAACUUCGAUUAUAUAUAUAAAUGCGAAUACGUUCAUGAGAGAACGUAUAGUAGUAGUGAGACAGAAUCGAUGAAGAUGAAUCAAAAUAUUGCGCAAACUCUAUUGACGCAAGGUGCUAAUCUGAUUUUAUUGGAUGUACCAAAAGGCACUGAUAUUGGCAUUGAUAUGAAAUCAUGGAAUACUGGGAGUAAUUUUAAGGGCAUUAAAAUGAUACCACCUGGGAUCCAUUUUGUACAUUACAGCGCAAUAAAUAAACUUGGCGAGAUGGCACCGAGAAUUGGUUUCUUCCACGAUUUCAAGAAAUGUGAAUUCUUAGUAAAAAAAUGGGACAGUAAAGAGGAAGAUAUUAGCCCAGAAUCCGUGCCCGAGGAGACAAUUCAGAGAUUGAAAGAUAAUUUAAGAGAAUUGGAUAGAUAUCUAGGAUCGUAUCCAUAUGAGAUAUGGAAGCAAUGGCAGGAAUUAUCAAGCAGGAUCACCGAGUCUCUCAUGACGAGAUGUUCACCGCUAUGUGGUUACGUGCGAUCCGCUUUGGAAUUGGAGCCCUGCAGCGAUGCUUUGAGACCGCGUAGCGGAGAAGAAUCCAAUAGUAGGCGAAGAAGAUCCGGUAAACUCACGAUGGAAGACAAGGAGGAGGAGUUACUGCCGAAUCUGAAACCGAGACCUGGCACAGAGCUCAGACUUACGGAAAUAUCGGACAAGCAUUAUCCUGACGAUGCGACUCCGAGCGAGAUAACGCAGCAUUCUCUCGAUUCCAGUUACGUCUUACACGGUACUUUGAAGAAGUUACGGGAACCUGUCGAAAUCAUCGGGGAGAUGCAGCUGACAUUCAUCUGUUUCCUAGUCGGUCAGAGUUUGGACGCCUUCGAACAGUGGAAGAAACUUGUGUCGCUGAUCUGCGGCGUGGACAAAGCGAUUCCUCAAUAUCGUUCUAUCUAUAUAGAGUUUUUGCAAGUUCUGGAGAUAGAAUUGUUAUAUGUGCCUGAAGAAGUACUAUGCGAUAUAGUAGCGAACAAUAAUUUUGUGUAUCACAAUCUGUGCAAGUUAUUUGGUAACAUCGAAUCGAACUCUAAAGUGAACGGUCAAUUGAAAUUCUACGUGAAACGCUUGCAGGACCGAUUGACCACCAAAUUUCAAUGGGAUUUUUCAAAUUUGCUCGAAGAGACAGACGAUGAAGCACCUGUAAUCGUAACUCUGGAAUAAAUCCGACUAAAGAAGUCAACAGGUACAAACGAAAAUACGAUAUUGUGUUAAAUAUAACUUAUAAAUAAACCUGAAUAAAUCAUGGAAAGCUUUUUUGCGUCUA